AUGUCAAAUUAAACUUAUAUUAUUAGAGAACUAAUAGAUAAACUUAGUUAACAACACAAAGACUAUAAAUUAUUUAAAUAGCUCAUAAAACGUCAGAGUAAGGCUCUUGAAUCAUUCAAUAAUGAAAUGAUUUAAAUUAGCCGCUAAUAUAAUAGUGANACAACUGAUGAAGUAAGAGAAAUAGAAUAAAAAAAAAAAAGUAGAUCAAGAGAAAGAGAAAGAGAAAGAAUAAAGAAUUUACCUAAAAUUCAUACUCAUUCUAAGGAAAUUUCAGCUAUGCAGAUCAUCUAAAUUCAAAAGAUUGAAUAUGAAUAGAUAAUUUCAUAUGCUAAAGCUGAUGGUAGCUUCUAAUAUGAUGAAAAAGUUGAAUAGAAUCUAAAUUUUGAAGGAUGGAAGAAUUCACAAAAUUACCCUUAAAAUAUCUGGUUGACUUUACUUGCUUUGUUAUAUUUAGAUUUAUAAUGUUCUUAAAAUAGAAAGUCUUGGUAAUUGGUUUAUUAAAAGGGAAUUCGAUUCCUUUAGAAAAAUGAUUUAGAUUAUAAGUAGUUUAAGGAAGCAUACCAAUAGUUAAAGAAAAUUUGA